UUUCAGUCAUUUUUAUAAUCCUACUCUCUUUGUACUAUCAUCUUUCUUGUGGUAAUAGUGAGACAUAGUUAUAUAUUUUGUUCAAGCUAGAUUUAGAGAAAACACAGCCUGUAUUCAGACCAAUAUGGUAUUUAGGUAACAGAGCUUUGAAACAUAAUGGUUCCAAUAGUGAUUGUCACAAAAUUUUUGAGAAAUGAAGAGCUUUGCAUGAUUUUUUUUUUUGCCCAGAGAAGAAAGAGUGGUAAAAAUGGGGAGAUCUGAGGAGCCAAUGGAUAAAAGUGGUAGGGUGAUGUUAAUGGAGUUAAAGCAAACAAAGAAUCCACACACACAACUGCCCCUUCCUCAAAACAAGCCAGAAAACCCAAUAAAACUCAUCCUAAUAGAUUUUCAGUGUGUUUGACAGUCCUUUUUGAUUGACUAAAUGACAUCAUGCUACUUUCCUGCUUUCGGUCUGUCUCCCCCCAGUCUGCCUUCCACACGACUGCUUGAAUAAUGUUGCUAAUACACUCUCAUAAUCUGGCCCCUUCUCAGAAACCUUUAGGAGCUCAUCAUUGCCUACCAGACUUGAGAGUCUCAAAGUCUUCUAAUAACUGUUUCCAGCCUUACUUGUUCAGCCAUACUUUUGAUUCAUAUAUUCUUCCUUAUAACCAAAUUGGACUCUCUUCCACCCCCAUUCAUAUUCUUGUUCUUUUCUAUCCCUGUGCUUUGGUCCAUAACAUUCCCCAUGCUUGGAAAAGACUGUCUUUCAUCCCUGUUUCUUAAUAUUUGCCUUUUAUUCACUUCCCAACUGGAGUCACCUUUUCUAUGAAGCUGUCUCUGGUUUUCUCUCCUCCUACCCCCAGGUAGUAGUAUUUUCUUUUCUUUUUCCCCUCUAUUUUCACUCUCCCCUUGAUUCUCCUUCCCUUCUUCCUUUCUCUAUCUUUCCCUUCACUUUCUCAUAGCACUUUGACUUUUCCCUGGUCACAUUGUCAUUUGCUUUUCAUUAUAUUUAUUUCUGGCCUUACUGCAUCCCUCUUGUGUUAGAACUUAAGCUUUUCCAGGCAAAUACUAUGUCCUUUUCCAUCAAUGUUCCUAGCAUAGUGCCUUACACAUCUUAAUGCAUGUUUGCUGGAUAGAAUUGGGUCCCUAAACAAUCCCAAAGAGGCAAACAGGGGGGUCUUCCUACCUUUAUUUUAUCCAGAUAAGAGACUUGAGAUGGAGAAUGCUUAAGUGGUUUGUCCAAAGUUCUCUGAUAAGUUAAAGGCAAAACCUGUGCUAGAACCUAGUUUUCCUGACUUCCAGGUCUGUGGUCAUUCUACCACAUCAUUCUAUGCCUUCUGUUAGAAAAAAGACUCAUUUGUAGAAAACAAUCCAGAAGAUGGAGUAGCUUCCAUUCAGGGGUAAGCUGAAAGGAUCUGGUCUCUAGUCUAGAAGGACAAAGAUAUGGAGACUGAUGAGACUGAAGAUUCUAAAGUCAGGAUGUGAAUGGAGGGAAUUUUAGGAAAAAGAGAAGUAAUUCUGUAGAGAAGGAACUCCUUAUUUGAGGAGGCUUUCAAAAGAGAGAUUCAGUAAGGGUUCAGGUAAAUUCAAGAACAUAUAGCCAUACUGAGAGAAACCAUGUCUAUGACUUCAAUCUGUAGAGCCAUAAUACAUCAUGGCCUGAUAGAACUUUAGAGAUCAUCUACACCAUUUUAUAGAUAAAGAAACUGGACCCCAAGGAGAACAAGUGACAUGUCUAACGUCUCCCAGGGAAUAUCUCCCAAAUGUCCUGACUUUCAGUUCAUUGCUCAUUCUGAUGUAGCCUUUGCCAGUGACAGAAUUUCUGUCCUAUUUCAUGGGCUUCAUUCUCCUACUUUUCUGCUUAUGCCCUCGUUGGUUACUAUUACUUGAGUGGAAGCAAUAGCAGAUGGGAGGAGAGAAAGUGGUGGGAAAUCUAAUGUAGCAACAGCAGAGAGAGUGGUGAUAUAGCUGACUGGUUAAGUCAUGGCUGUGGUAAUAGGGAGGCAGACCAGAUGGCCUGGCAUGCUACCUACUGGCACAUGCUGGAUGUUGCUGACCUCUGUUAUCCUCCUGGCUUCUAUCCCAUAUGGUUAAAUUUAGUUCAUUAUUACUGCAGUUAGGACAAGAGUGGGGAAUCUUAUGAUGAGAGUCAUCAGCUUAACGAAAGAGUCCAUCAAAGGUCAAUUAUAAGGUUUUUAAAAAGAAGUAAUUUAAUUCAUGGUAGGGUUUUUUCCCUUAGAGAAAAAGAAAACAUUCUACUUAACUGCUUUUUAAAUUAAGAACAGGGAACAUAAAACUCAAUUCCACAUGAGCCCCCCCAGGGAGAAAUUAUUCUCUGGGUGGCAGCAGCAGUGAUCAGAGCAGUAUUACCCCCAUGGGCAGAAUGAGAUCAAUCUGAGGGCCAAAUUGGGCCCCUGGGUCGGAUAUUCUGCUCUCUGACCUAGACAGUUAGACUCCCUAAAGGCAGGUUGGCAUUGUUAAUAUUUUGGGGCAGAUCUAAGAAACCUAUAGUCUUAAAGUUAGAAAGAACCUUUGUGAUCAUCACAUCCAACUCUGCCAUUUGGCAUAGGAGAGGACUGAGGCCCCCAAAAGAAAAGUGAUUUGUCUAAAUUCACAUAGAGAAUCAGUUGCAGAAUCAGGACCAAGACCUAAUUCUGAUUCACAGUGUAGGGUUCUUUCUCUUUAUUCAAGUAAGGAAACAUUAAGUGCUUUCUAUGCAUAGGGUUCAUUUUAUUCGUAAUUAAAGAUACUGUAACUUAAGAUUAAGAGGGAAACAGUAAACUGGGGAAAAAAUUUAAUAGCAAGUGACUGAUCUCAUUUCUCAAAUAUAUAGAGAUUUGAGUCAAUUUUAUAAGAAUACAGAGAAUUUUCUGAUUGACAAAUGGUGAAAAGAUAUGAACAGCCAAAAAUUGUCAGACAAAAAAAAUUAAGACUAUAGUCAUGAAAAAGUUAUCCAAAUCAUUAUUAAUAUGAGAAAUGAAAAUUAAAACAAUUGAGGUACCACCUCACACCUAUGAGACUAGAUAAUAUGACAAAAAAGAAAAAUGAUAAAUGUCAAAGGGGAUAUGGGAAAACUGGGACACUAAUACAGUGUUGGUGGAAAUGUGAACUGAUCCAGCCAUUCUGGGGAGCAAUAGGGAACCAUGCCCGAAGGGUGAUAAAACUGUGCAUACCCUUUAACCCAGUAAUACCUACUAGGUCUGUAUCUGAAAAAGAUCACAAACAGGGGGGAAAGACCUACUUGUACAAAAAUAUUUAUAGCAGUUCUCUUUGAGGUGGCAAAGAACUGGAAACUGAAGGAAAGUCAAUCAACUGGGGAACAGCUGAACAAGUUGUGGUCAAAAAUAGAAAAGGAGAAAAAGGAACAUGCCAAGCUUCAUGGGAUGAUUCGCACAGAAAUAAGUGGAGCUGAAAUUGCUGAAGAGAUGGAGAAAGAAAGGAGGUUCUUCCAGCUACAAAUGUGUGAGUAUUUACUAAAGGUUAAUGAAAUCAAGAUUAAAAAGGGAGUUGACUUACUUCAAAACCUGAUCAAGUAUUUUCAUGCACAGUGCAAUUUCUUCCAGGAUGGACUGAAAGCUGUUGAAACCCUCAAACCCUCCAUUGAAACACUUUCAACAGACCUUCAUAUAAUCAAACAGGCCCAAGAUGAAGAAAGGAAGCAGUUAAUACAACUACGUGAUAUUUUAAAAUCAGCACUUCAGGUUGAACAAAAAGAGGAUUCACAAAUUCGGCAGAGUACAACCUAUAGUUUACACCAGCCUCAGGGAAAUAAAGAACAUGGAACUGAAAGGAAUGGUAACCUCUACAAGAAAAGUGAUGGGAUCAGAAAAGUAUGGCAAAAAAGGAAAUGCUCAGUUAAGAAUGGUUUUCUGACAAUAUCCCAUGGUACCGCUAACCGUCCUCCUGCGAAGCUCAAUCUCUUGACCUGCCAAGUGAAAACAAACCCAGAAGAAAAAAAAUGUUUUGACCUCAUAUCACAUGACAGAACGUACCAUUUUCAAGCAGAAGAUGAACAGGAAUGUCAAAUAUGGAUGUCUGUGCUACAGAAUAGCAAGGAAGAAGCUUUAAAUAAUGCAUUUAAAGGUGAUGACAACACUGGAGAAAAUAAUAUUGUCCAGGAGCUGACAAAAGAGAUUAUAUCAGAAAUCCAGAGGAUGACUGGAAAUGAUGUCUGUUGUGACUGUGGAGCACCAGAUCCUACUUGGCUUUCCACAAAUUUGGGCAUUCUGACGUGCAUUGAGUGUUCUGGGAUCCAUCGAGAGCUGGGUGUUCACUACUCCAGGAUGCAGUCCCUCACAUUGGAUGUGUUAGGAACAUCUGAGCUUUUGCUUGCCAAGAAUAUUGGAAAUGCAGGUUUUAAUGAGAUUAUGGAAUUUUGCCUACCAGCUGAGGACUCUGUCAAGCCCAACCCAAGCAGCGACAUGAAUGCGAGGAAAGAUUACAUCACUGCCAAGUACAUCGAGAGGAAAUACGCAAGGAAAAAACAUACGGACAAUACAGCUAAACUCCAUAGCCUUUGUGAAGCUGUGAAAACAAGAGACAUCUUUGGGUUGCUCCAAGUUUAUGCGGAUGGUGUAGAUCUGACAGAAAAAAUCCCUCUCGCCAAUGGACAUGAGCAAGAUGAAACUGCCCUCCAUCUUGCAGUCAGAUCAGUGGAUAGAACUUCCCUUCAUAUAGUAGACUUCUUAGUUCAGAACAGUGGGAACCUGGACAAACAGACAGGGAAAGGCAGCACAGCUCUCCACUACUGUUGCCUGACGGACAAUGCCGAGUGCCUAAAACUGCUGCUCAGAGGGAAGGCUUCCAUUGAAAUAGCCAAUGAAUCAGGAGAGACACCACUUGACAUCGCUAAACGUUUAAAACAUGAACACUGUGAAGAACUGCUCACUCAAGCAUUAUCUGGGAGGUUUAAUUCUCACGUUCAUGUGGAGUAUGAAUGGCGAUUGCUCCAUGAAGAUCUAGAUGAAAGCGACGAUGACAUGGAUGAAAAAUUACAGCAGCCCAGCCCCAAUCGGCGAGAGGACAGGCCGGUCAGUUUUUACCAACUGGGUUCCAGCCAGCACCAGUCGAAUGCUGCGUCUUUGGCUAGAGAUGCGGCUAACAUCGCUAAAGACAAACAGAGGGGCUUUAUGCCUAGCAUUCUGCAAAACGAGACCUACGGAGCCAUCCUCAGCAGCAGCCCCCCACCUACACAGUCCACCGCACCCCCACUACCUCCCCGGAACAUUGGCAAAGUUCAGCCUCCCAUCCUGGGCACUGGUGUUCAGACAACCUCCUCAGCUAACACCUCGUGGAAGACAAAUUCUUUAAGUGUGGACAGUGUAAGCAGGCAGCGAUCUUCGUCAGAUCCGCCAGCUAUCCAUCCACCGCUGCCCCCUCUUCGAGUGACAUCUACGAAUCCCCUGACUGCAACACCACCACCUCCUGUGGCAAAAACAGCCAGUGUGAUUGAAGCCUUGAACCAGCAGCAGUCUAAGCCACCCCAUACGACAGCCCUACAGUCCAAGUCCACCCCCCCACCCCUGCCUCCACAACCACCUAGUCGAAUUAUGCAGAAAAAACCGACUCCAGGGGUUGACAGGUCAUCUCCAUUGAUCAACAAAGGCCAACCCAGAGGACCUGCUGGGGAGAUCUCUGAAGGGACUGGUCUUAUAUCCAACACAUCCUCAGUUUUGCAGCCACCAGCACCUAUGCCAAGGAAAUCACAGAUAACGAAGACAAAACCCAAAAGAGUAAAAGCUCUCUACAACUGUGUAGCAGAUAACCCUGAUGAGCUAACAUUUUCAGAGGGGGAUAUGAUCAUUGUGGAUGGUGAGGAGGACCAAGAGUGGUGGAUUGGCCACAUUGAUGGAGAUCCUAGUCGCAAAGGAGCUUUUCCUGUAUCGUUCGUGCACUUUAUUGCUGACUAAAUUGCUACUGAACAAAAAAUAGGAAGAAAUUUCUCAUUUUCAUCUUAUACAAGUCAAUAUUUAUGUCUCAGUUUUACUACUGGUUCCAAAACUCUUGCCAGAAAACCAGUUUCUUGAGUUGUAUUUGUACUAUAGCCAACUGUCCCUAAUGCCAUUGUUCUGGUUUCAAACCUUGGACAGCUUUUCUAUGUAAAUGGUUUUUAAGAAAGAUUUGUUUUGCUUCAUAAAAUCAUUGAUAUUCUUUCUCAGAGACACAUUUUUUGCAUUUUUAUUUUUAAAGGUGAACUGAAAAAAAUAAUUUUAACAAGUAUCUUAGAACCCCAACCAGCAGAAUUCAAUAUACCAGGUUAACAGAAAAAUAUUUUGAAACAAGAGGUUUGGAAAGAAAUCCCUCUUGAUUUGUCACAGCCUGAUUUGGAAGUUGUAAUUUGUAACGUGUUUAUAUUAAGGUCAGUGAAUCUCAGAGUAGCUGUCUCAGUUGUCCCAGGGAACCAGUAAUAGCACUCUUACCCAGCCCUUCUAAGCUAAGGCCAUUCUGCAUUGAAGGUCCUGAGUUCACCUUUAAAGGAUAGUUAAUUCCUUUGAAACAACCCACCAUAUGCACACAUUAAAAAAAAAAAACACCACCACCAUGGAAAUUUCUGCAUUACUUGUUUGUACUUUCUCAUUUGUGAGGUUGAGAAUCUCUGUAUCAUUAUAUGCUGCAUGUGUGUAUAACCUGUUUUGGAAGUCCCCUAUAUAACAUUGAUCCUGAACAAUUGUAUUAACAAGACUACUGAUGGUUAAUUCAAAUCCAUGGUGAUAUUAUCAGUUAAUUCAACUCUCAGAGGUUAUAAAAACUGCAUUUCCUGAAUUUGGUUUUAAACUAAGGAUGAUGGAUUGCAAAGCAGUUCUUAAAACCAGCUAUAUGCUUUAGAUGUUUUAGAAUUUGCCUUCUAGAACUUAUUUAAUCACCCAGUAACACCUGUACACACAAAUAGAAUAUUGUGGUGGACCAUAAUAUAUUUAUCCUGAGUCACAAGGGCAUUUAUUCAAAAAACUCACUAAUACAUCUUAAUUGCUGUUUCCUGUUAAGUGUACCACUGCCUUUCCUUUCAAACACAACAAUGCACUUGUUUCCUAACUCACCUAUGAGUGUAUGUGUAUUUAUAGAAUAUUCCUGUAUGAACGGUAGUUAACGUCUUAAAAAUGUUUGUGAACAAAUAUCCAGCAAAAAUCCAUAGAUCCCAGUGGAUAUAACACUACUUAAUAUCGCAAUUCUAACAUCUAUUUGAACAUCAAGUCUAUCAUACCUUUCUUGAAUUUAUGCUACAAAAAAUGAAUAAAGAUUAACAUGUUGAGAAAAGCCUAAUUCUGUGGUCACAUGGAUUGCUAGUGGUAUAUGUGUUUUAUAACGCCAAUACCCAAUAUGAGAAUUUUGAAGCUUUAAGGUAAAAUAUUGUAAGACAGUGACCACCACUUGGAGUUUUCAUAUCUUACACACUCAAGAAGCUCCAAAUUAAUGCCAGGACAAAGUUGUUCAUGAUUUUAUUUCUUGGAAAAUGGUACACUUGAUUGUGAUAGCCUGUCUCUUAUCAUGUGAAAAGCUUGUGUGAAUAGCUUCUUGAUGUAUUAACUCAUUUCUGAAGCCACUGCAAAAGUGAAAAAGGAAAAAAAAAACUGGAAUGUAUUACAUUUUUGUUGAGUUUUGAAGUUUUCUUUGUAGUUUCCAAAGUUCCCAGUAAAAAGUUUUCAUUUGUAAUUCUAGACUUAGUUCAGCACUGCAAUUAUGUUUAUUAAUUGAUAAUUUCCAUUUCUGGUUUUGGAAACAUUUUAAUUCCCUGGUGAGAUACAAGAAAGUAAACAGCCCUAUAUGGCAUAAUUCACUUCUCAUGUCUAUUUUAACACAGAUUCUUCUAGCAUAUGAAACUUGCAAUCAGUCUUUUGAGGAUUUGGUGUCAGCUGUAAGUAAAGUCAAAUUUACAUCAGCUUUUGGAUUCUAGUCCCAGACACUACUCAGUUAGGUUCAGUGGUACAUAUCUGGGGUGCAUCUUGGCAUUUUUUAAGCUCUAAUUUGGUGGUGCUAUUGUGCAGGUUAUUAAUAUUAUUCUUGCCAGAGCAGAAACACAUUUUAAAAACUUUGCCCACUAACAUACUUUGAGGUAUUUGCAGCAAAAAAAAAAAGGCAGAGAUAAAUCCGAAUGCGUUGUAGAUAUCUAUUUAUAUUUAAAGUUUACUUUUCAUAAAUUUCAGCUGCAAGAUUCUGGCAUUUUGCAUAUGCUGUUCUUCAUCAAAGCGAACUUCAAGGGAUGAUGAUUCUGAAAUUUUAGGCACAGUCUAUUGGUUGCUGUGUUGUUUCAAAAGGAGUGAAUGACACUGAAUCUGCAGUGUAGAAUGCUAUUUGAGAUGUAUAAUAUUCAAUUCAUUCAUUUGAUUAUUUUGGUGUAGUUGCAGAGCAACUGUAUAUAUUGUAUAACCUAAAUCAACUCUUAUUUUCAAUGUCCUGAAUGCCGUGAUUUAUAGAGCAUGUUUAAGAAGUUUACUCUUGUUAACCAGUCACUUGACUGGAAAAAAAUAAAAUACUUUUAAACGGACUUAUUUUUCCUAAA